UCAAUUUUAAAAAGUGUGUGGAUGAGUAAGUAAUUUAACAACAAAUCCUCCUUUGAAUUGUCAAUAAUGUCAUAAACAAGAAAAAAAUAAAGUUAAUUACUUUUGAAAAUGUAUACUGAAAAAUAUUGCCGAUUAUGUGCAUUAAAAUUUCCAACAACAGCUUUAAGAAACGUAAACGAAUUAAAACAGAAUAAAGAAUUAAAUCCACCAAUUUUACAAUAUUUACAAUUAAAAAUCACCGACAAUGAUCGGUUACCGCAUACAGCAUGUUUAUAUUGUUGUAAAACACUUUCGGAUUUAGAUCGAUUUCGAAAUAAUGUAAUAGAUGCUCAACGAAAGCUAGAAGGUGUAUUUGGUUACUCUGAUAAUAAAUACGAACAAGCUGAUGUCAAACCCUUAAUUCACGAUUUACCUCCUUUUAUACAAGAUCUACAUGGAAAUCAGAGUAGCACCGUAGCUCAUGAUUAUGUAGCGAAUGAUUUGGAGACAAUUGAUCAUUUCCUUCAUGAUUUCACAAAUGAUGUUAGCCAAGAUUGUGAUGGUAAUUUUUCGGAAGGCGACGAAUCUCUUGAUAAAAAACCAGAAAAUGUGGAUUUACUUUGCCAGGACUUAUUAAAAAAUGACCAAAAAGUAUCGAAGACAGAAACAAAUCAUAAAAAUAAUGGCCAUUCGUUGGUAAAAAAAUUACGUUUUAAGUGUUAUAAGUGCAAUACUUGGCUUCAAACUGAAUUCAGUUUACAAGAUCACUUUGAUUCACACCAUGAUGUUAAAAUGAAAUAUUCAUGUCCAAAAUGUAAAUCACUUUACAGUGAUUUAAAUGAAUUUAAAAAUCAUUUAUAUAAUCAUUAUUUACAAAAAUUAUCCAAAAAAUUACGUUUUCCAUGUGACAUUUGUGGUAAGAAAUUUCAAAGUGAAUCGGUACUUAUUGCUCAUCAAGAUUCACAUUUAGAUGAAAAUGCCUUCUCUUGUGAUGAAUGUGGACGAAAAUUUCGUUUACAACAACAAUUAACUGAACAUAAAUUUAUCCAUAGAAAAACACGAAUUGAUGAUAAUAUGGAGGUUAAAUGUGAACAAUGUGAUAAAAUAUGUAGAAAUCAUGCAACGUAUCAAAGACAUUUAUUAAGUCAUAUACCGUCAGAAGUUAAACAGAAAUUUGAUUGUGAACUAUGUGAUCGAAAAUUUGUAUCGGCAAUUAAUUUACAAAAUCAUCUUAUUUUACAUAAAACUGAAAAGGAAAGGGAACAUAUUUGUGAUGAAUGUGGUAAAGUAUUUAAAAAUAAGCAAAAUCUACUUGAGCACAAAAUAACACAUUCAGACGAGCGGCCAUACAAGUGCGAUGAAUGUUCAAAAGCUUUUAAAACUGAUCGAAUUUUACAAAGACAUAAACUUGUUCAUUCUGAUGAAAAACGAUUUGGUUGUGAAGUAUGUGGAAAACGGUUUAGAGAGAGAUCCGGAUUAAAUGUACAUAUUAAAAUACAUAGCGAAGAACGGCCAGAUGAAUGUAAUUAUUGUAGUAAACGUUUUAAAAGAAAACGUGAUUUAGAGGUUCAUUUACGACAACAUACGGGUGAACGGCCAUUCGCGUGUUUGGAAUGUAAUCAUUAUUUUUCAAAUAAUUCAAAUUUUAUAAAACAUUUGAAAGGUAAACAUAAAUUAAAAAAUGUUUCAAUUGCAAAUCAACGAUCGUAUCCAUUUAUUAAUUAA